AUGGCUACCUUUGUUCACGAGCAUGUCAACCAAUUGAACAAUGCCUUGUCCACCGUCUUCCAAGAUUGUGCCGAGCUACACCAGAACGGGAAUGUCUCCAUGACAAGCGAGGGGGAUCAGAAGAAAGUGUCCUUGUUACUUGCCAGCCAAGCGAUCGAUCUCUCGCGAAAGAACGCGUUACCAGACCUGGAAAUGAUCAAGCGGUACCUGGAUCAGUACCUGAAGGAAAGCGACAUGCCUCGUGAAUCAGCAAUGGAGUGGUUGUUCGUUACAAAGUGCAUGGUUGCUAUCUAUGGUGUGCUUGUCGACACGGUGCUCAACUCGACACUUCCGCUUUCCGAGUCUGUCCAAUAUUGGAAUGAUAUCUACGGCAGCUCUUUCAACGAAGCUUAUUAUGCACUUGCAACUGCUCCUUGGCGCCUUACCACCUUGGUCACCAACACGAUCCACGCCAUGCAAGAAACCCAGAUGGGAUUGGCUCCGCUCCUAAGAUCGCCCGAACACAUCUUGACAAGCUUGUUUCCUCAACGUAGCGACAUGCGCCAGGAUAGCAUCGCCAACAUCAAACCUGUAAAAAAUGGAAGAAUGCAUCGGGUCUUUGAUCUCUUCUCAUCUCACCGCCCUUGGAUCGCACAAUUAAUCCACCAAGAAGUCGGCCUUAAGAAAAAGACGUUGGAUCAGCUGCGUACACAGCAAGCAACACGACUCGGCCUUUUGAUCAAAAUGGGUCCUCAAUUCCAAGACAAUGAUGUAUCUCACCAAGUUCGAAAGUGUGUGCGUUUGAUGGAGUUGGUCGUUGAGCCCUUUGCAAAAGGAUCCGAUGUUGUGCCAGAGGAUACACAUGUGGAUGUACAAGCAACCAUCGAUGCUUUGAAUGCACCCAUGGCUACCACGGAUGAUACCAGCAAUGAUCCCAAGCAUGUUGCAAAACAACUUGUCGCCUUGCUCGAACAUUUGGAUGUAUGCGGCACUCACAUGCACCAAGCCUAUGCACAAUACCAGCCUCCAUCCACCCUUGUACGAUAUUGGAUCCCAUGCUUGGUUACCUUUGUUGCUGGCCAAAUGACAAUUCGCUACGUAUUCAACAGAAAAGAAGCCAUCAUUGCAUGGUGUCAAGAGCUGGGAACGACAUUGAAGGAUUUUGCUAUCAAUUGGAUUUGGGAGCCUGUGCUUCGCGUAUGGGAUACCAUUCGUCUCAAGGAUGAAAGAUUGGGUGUGCUCAGCAAAGAAGGAUUGCGUAGUGAUGUGGAUUCUUUGGAACGAAUGGUAUUGGCAUUUGCACGAGAUCACUAUCAACUUUCACCCAAUGAUGCGGAGCAAUUGAUGACCAAAGUGAGAGAUGGCGACUUGUCUGUGGUUCUCAAGGCUUACGAGAAGGAAAUCAAGAAUCCCAUAAAGAACGCAAUUGCUGGUGAUCUUAUCCAGACACUUUUGAUCCAAGUACAAAAGACCAAAGUCGAUGUUGAUCUUGCUAUGGCUGCAUUGGACAAGCUUCUCAAAUCAAACGAGCUCAACUUUGCAUUCCUCGCUGUGGCGCCAUCCAUGCUGCUCACAUGGGCAUCGUUUUCGUGGAUCAAGUCUCUCUUCCAGCGACGUACCAGCCAAGUAGGAAAAGCAGGUGAACCCAUACGUGAAACAAUGAGACGAGUGGAGCGCUUGUUUGAUCUUGCGUUAACCGAGAAAUAUGGCAAGGACCAAUUGGGAUGUGAGAGCCAAGGUAUCUUAUUGUGCGAAGUGCAUUUAUUGAGGAUAUACGCAUUCCAACUACCUCGACGAAGAUCGAUACGGGACCACUUUAUGGAAGACUUGCGUGAUUUGGAGGAUGCUCGAUUAUCAGUUGCGCAAAAGCUGGGUGUCAUUACUCGUAUGCAUCGAUCAUGGGAUUUCCUACAACCUAGAUAUGCUUUUCAAGGCCAAAAAUAA